AUGUUCUCUUGUUUUUUUAUCUCCUCACUACUUCUUAUUGCCAAAAUUGUCCUUACCUUUAUGCAUGUUAAUAUCAGUAAAAGUUUUUACAAAAUUACUGAGGAUUUUCAUCAUGAAGGAGAUGUGGUGAUUGGUGCAUUUUUCCCUCUUCAUACGUACUAUAUGAAGAAUAAAAUUCCACAUUCUUAUCUACCAUAUUAUUAUAAGGACAAUUACCUCCAAUAUAAUUUUAAGAACUACCAGUAUAUUCUGGCUUUGGUGUUUGCUAUUGAGGAGAUCAAUGAUAAUCCCAAUCUUUUACCUAAUAUAUCUCUUGGAUUUGAUUUCUACAAUGUCAGAUUCAUUGAGAAGGACAAUCUUAUGAAUGUCUGUUUUUGGCUCACUGGUCAAGGGCAGAAAGAUAUUUUACCAAAUUACAAUUGUGGCAAAAGUAAUUUUGCUACUGCCCUCACAGGAACAGCAUGGACAACAUCUUCCCAAAUUGGUACAUUGCUUCAACUCUUUAAAUUUCCUCAGCUUUCUUUUGGACCUUAUGAUUCCAUCUUGAGUGACCGUGGACAAUAUUCUUCUCUCUAUCAGAUGGCCUCCAAGUACACAUCUCUUUCACUUGCCAUUGUAUCUUUGAUGGUUCAUUUUAGGUGGUCUUGGGUUGGUCUCAUCCUUCCAGAUGACCACAAAGGAAAUAAAGUUUUAUCAGAGUUCAGAGAAGAUAUGGAGAGAAAAGGAGUCUGCACAGCUUUUGUGAAAAUGAUACCUAUGACAUGGAAUGCAUAUUAUAAAUUCUGGGAAAAUAUGGAUGAGACAAAUGUCAUAAUUAUUUAUGGUGACAUCGAUUCUCUCAUGGGUCUAAUGCGAAAUAUUGGGAAAAGAUUGCUGACAGCAAAAGUCUGGGUCAUGAAUAUUGAACCCCAUAUUACUGACUAUGCUGACUAUUUCAUGCUUGACUCAUUCCAUGGUAGCCUAAUUUUUACACACAAGUAUAUAGAGAGUUCUGAGCUUACUAAAUUUAUUCAAACAGUUAAUCCUUACAAAUACCCUGAAGACAUUUACCUUCCUAAGUUAUGGCAUUUGUUCUUCAAGUGCUCAUUUUCUGAUGCUGAUUGUCGACUACUGGCUAACUGUCAACCCAAUGCUUCUCUGGAUGUGUUACCUAGUCAUAUAUUGGACAUGGCAAUUAGUGAAGAAAGCAAUAAUAUCUAUAAUGCUGUGUAUGCUGUGGCUCACAGUCUCCAUCAGAUGCGUCUUCAAGAAGUACAAAUACAACCACAUGAAGAAGCAAGGGCCUUCUUCCCCUGGCAGCUUAACAUUUUCCUGAAGGACAUCAAUGAGAGAGACAACAUGAGUUUCGGUGGGAGACAGAAAUUAAAUGCGGAAUAUGACAUUCUUAACCUUUGGAAUUUACCAAAGGGUCUUGGACAAAAGGUGAAAAUAGGAUCCUUUUCAGCAAAUGCUCCUGAGGGCCAACAGUUCUCUUUAUCUGAACAGAUGAUACAAUGGGCAGAAGGAUUUUCAGAGAUCCCUCAAUCUGUGUGCAGUGAGAGUUGUGGGCCUGGAUUCAGAAAAGUAACCCUGGAGGGCAAGGCCAUCUGCUGCUACAAUUGCACUCCCUGUGCAGAUAAUGAGAUUUCUAAUGAGACAGAUGUGGAUCGAUGUGUCAAGUGUCCAGAAAGUCAUUAUUCAAAUAAAGAGAAGAACCACUGUUUACAGAAAACUGUGAUCUUUCUGUCCUAUGAAGACCCCUUGGGGAUGACACUGGCCUGUAUAGCUUUGUGCUUAUCUGCACUCACAGCCUUUGUAAUUGGGGUCUUUGUGAAAUACAGAGAUACUCCCAUUGUGAAAGCAAAUAAUCGAGGUCUCAGUUACACUUUGCUCAUCACAAUCACCUUCUGUUUACUCUGUUCUUUGAACUUCAUUGGUCAACCAAAUACAGCCUCCUGCAUCCUCCAGCAGACCACAUUUGCAGUUGCUUUCACUAUGGCUCUUGCUACUGUGUUGGCCAAAGUUAUUACUGUGGUCCUUGCCUUCAAGGCCACUUUUCCAUGGAGAAUGGUGAGGUGGUUAAUGACAUCAAGAGCUCCAACCUAUAUAAUUCCUCUUUGUACGCUGAUCCAACUUCUUCUUUGUGGAAUAUGGAUGGCAAUGUCACCUCCAUUCAUUCACCAAGACAAUCAUGCUGAGCAUGGGCAUAUCUUACUUUUGUGUAACAAGGGAUCAUCUGUUGCUUUCCACUGUGUUCUGGGAUACCUAUGCUCCUUGGCUUUUGGGGGAUACCUAUGCUCCUUGCUUUUGGCAUUCUUAUCUAGAAAUCUGCCUGAUUCAUUCAAUGAAUCCAAAUUUCUCUCAUUCAGCAUGGUGGUGUUCUUCUGUGUCUGGGUCACCUUUCUUCCUGUCUACCAUAGCACUAAAGGGAAGGUCAUGGUGGCUGUGGAAGUCUUCUCUAUUUUAGCUUUCAGUACAGCCCUCCUUGGCUUCAUAUUUGCCCCUAAGUGUUACAUUAUCUUGUUUAGACCAGAGAAUAAUUCAUUUCAUCAUAUCAGGGGCAAAACAUAUUCUAGAAGGAAUAAGUCUCUUAAAAUAUAG